AUGCAAGCCAGAAGGCAACUCAUCUCAUCAGCCCGGCGAUUCGUCGGCUCAACAACACCAAGACCUACACGGCUAAUUUCAAGAGCACUCAUCAACGAAUCCGCACUGCGCAGUACCAAGCUUCUGCCAACCCUAGCCAUCAGGACAUAUGCCAAUGGCAGACCUCACCCUCCAGGCGGCACGCACCGCAUGGACAUGGGCGGCGGCGAGCCUGAGAAGCCCGCACUCGAACAAUACGGAAUCGACCUCACGGCCAAGGCCAAGGACGGAAAGCUAGAUCCUGUCAUUGGUCGUGAUGCGGAAAUUCAGCGAACGAUUCAAAUCUUGUCACGACGGACGAAGAACAACCCUGUCGUGAUCGGAAAGGCCGGUACAGGAAAAACGGCUAUCCUGGAAGGCCUUGCACUGAGAAUUGUGCGUGGUGACGUUCCCGAGAGUAUCAAGAACAAGCGUGUCAUUGCCCUUGAUCUUGGUUCUCUCAUUGCAGGUGCCAAAUUCAGGGGCGACUUCGAAGAGAGACUGAAGAAGGUCUUGACCGAAGUCGAACAAGCCCAGGGCGAAGUCAUCCUCUUCAUCGACGAGUUACACACUCUUCUUGGCCUCGGCAAGGCCGAAGGCUCAAUCGAUGCGAGCAACCUGCUGAAGCCAGCUCUCGCCCGAGGCGAACUCCAAUGCUGCGGUGCCACCACUCUGGAAGAGUACCGCCUCAUUGAGAAGGACGUCGCCCUUGCACGUAGAUUCCAGCCGAUCAUCGUCAACGAACCCACCGUUCAAGACACUAUCAGCAUCCUCCGCGGCAUCAAGGACAAGUAUGAAGUCCACCACGGUGUCCGCAUCACAGACGGCGCCCUUGUCGCCGCGGCCACCUAUUCCAACCGUUACAUCACCGACCGAUUCCUCCCCGACAAGGCCAUUGACCUCAUGGAUGAAGCUGCCAGUCACCUGAAGCUUCAACACGAGUCAAAGCCUGAGGACAUCAUGGCCCUCGACCAGAAGAUCAUGACUAUCCAAAUUGAGCUGGAAAGCUUGCGCAAAGAAAAGGACGUCGCCAGCCAAGAGCGCCGCGAGAAGCUGCAAGCCGACCUCAAGAGGUACGAGGACGAGAUUGCUGAGCUCACCAAGCGCUGGGAGGCUGAGCGUGCCGAGAUCGAAGCUGUCAAGAAGACCCAAGAGGACCUCGACAAGGCCAGGAUCGAGCUCGACCAGGCUCAGCGAAUGGGCAACUUCGGACGUGCUUCGGAGCUGAGGUACAGCGUCAUUCCCUCUUUGGAGGCCAAGAUCCCCAAGGACGGCGAGAAGCAGAACGGCACGCUUGUCCACGAUGCAGUCACCGCGGACGACAUCGCAGCGGUCGUCUCCAGAGUCACUGGCAUCCCCAUCUCCAAGCUCACGUCUGGCCACAUCGAGAAGCUGGUGCACAUGGAGGACACCCUCCGCCAGGCCGUCAAGGGCCAGGACGAAGCCAUCAGAGCCGUCUCCAACGCCGUGCGCCUCCAGCGUGCCGGACUCAGCGGAGAAAACAGACCAACCGCUUCCUUCUUCUUCCUCGGACCUACUGGUGUGGGUAAGACGGAGCUCUGCAAGAAGCUUGCGGGCUUCCUCUUCUCCACCGAAUCCGCCGUCGUUCGCUUCGACAUGAGCGAGUUCCAGGAGAAGCAUACCAUCUCCCGUCUCAUCGGCGCGCCGUCCGGCUACGUCGGCUACGAGGACGCCGGCCAGCUCACCGAGGCCGUCCGCCGCAAGCCGUACGCCGUCCUCCUUUUCGACGAGUUCGAGAAGGCGCACCGUGACAUCUCAGCCCUGCUCCUCCAGGUCCUCGACGAGGGCUACCUCACAGACGCCCAGGGCCACAAGGUCGACUUCCGCAACACAAUCAUCGUCCUGACCUCCAACCUCGGCGCCGACAUCCUCGUCGGAGCGGACCCGUCUCACCCGUACAAGGAGACGCCCGACGGCGACGUCGACCCCAGCGUCCGCAAGGCCGUCAUGGACGUCGUCGCCGCGAACUACCCGCCCGAGUUCCUCAACCGCAUCGACUCCUUCAUCGUCUUCAAGCGCCUCGCCCUCGCCGCCAUCCGCGACAUCGUCGACAUCCGCCUGAAGGAGCUCCAGGCCCGUCUCGACGAUAAGCGCAUCGUCCUCGACGUCCCCGACAAGGUGCGCGACUGGCUCGCCGAGCGCGGCUACGACCCCAAGUACGGAGCCAGGCCGCUCAACCGCCUCAUCACAAACGAGAUCGGCAACGGCCUCGCCGACAAGAUCAUCCGCGGAGAGCUGCGGCACGGCGAGACGGCCGUCGUCUCGGUCAAGCCGGACGACUCUGGUCUCGAGGUCGUCGCGGCCCAGCCAACAAAGGCUUGA